UCGCCCGGGGGGGAUGCACGGCAGAGCCGAGCAUCGCGAACCCCCGGCCUGCGCCUGUGGCCUCUCGGGCGCUGCCUUCCCGAGCUGCGUGCUGGCUGCGCCGGCCCCUCGAUCUUAUCCGCAACGGGCGCCGUGCUCCCCUUGUGCAAACAGCCCCUUGCUAAUCUGUGCUGGGUAAAUACAGGCAGCCCUGGCUCUGGGCGAUUCCUGACAGCAGGGGAGAGUUACGCAAGUCCAUGUGAGCGAUGCUCAAAUCACAGGAUCCCGCACUCACGAUGACUCCAUCCCAGGCGAGGUGGGGUGUCACCGGCAGGUCCGUCUCUUAUACCCCGCGCCAAGAAGAGCUGCUCAGACUUCUCUGGGACGUCUUCCACGCGCAGGCUGCUCCCAGCAAGGACUUGACGCCCGGCCAGGAUGGAGCUGGCAGCCGCCGCGACUCUGCUCCUGGGCCUGUGCUUUGCAGCUGUCAUCUUCCUCUCCGUGCUGAGGGGGCUGAAGCGGGGCAGGAACCUGCCCCCGGGCCCGGCUCCUCUCCCCUUCCUGGGCAAUGUGCUGCAGCUGCGGGCAAGUGCCCUGGUCAAGUCACUGGAGGAGCUGGCAAAGAAGUACGGCCCCGUGUUCACGGUGCACCUGGGCCGCCGGCGCGUGGUGGUGCUGUGGGGCUACGAGGCGGUGAAGGAGGCGCUGGUGCAGCACGCCGAGGACUUCAGUGGCAGAGGGGAGCUGGCGGCCAUCGACCAGGUUGUCCGCGGCUUCGGGCUCGUCUUCUCCAACGGGGAGCGGUGGCGGCAGCUGCGGCGCUUCUCGCACUCGGCGCUGCGGAGCCUCGGCGUGGGCCGGCGGGACGUGGAGCAGCAGAUCCAGGAGGAGGCCGAGUGCCUGGUGCAGGAUUUCCAGGCCACCAAAGGAGCCCCGUUCGACCCGACGCUGUGCCUGAGCCAGGCCUCCUCUGCCGUCAUCUGCUCCCUCAUCUUCGGCCAGCGCUUCGAGAGGGACGACGCGGAGUACAUCAAGCUGCUGGCCAAGACCAACGAGGUCCUGGUGCUCUCCAGCUCCACGCAGGGAGUGCUCUACGAGAUGUUCUCCCGCAUCCUGCGGUUCCUGCCCGGAGCCCAUCGCCGCAUCCGCCGCGACCUCGAGGACAUCGGCCGCUUCGUCACCGAGAAGGUCCAGGAGCACCGGGCGACGCUGGAGUGCGAGCACCCGCGGGAUUUCAUCGACUGCUUCCUCGCCCAGAUGGAGAAGGAAAUCCUCAACCCCUCCACGGAGCUGCACCUCGAGAACCUGGUCAUGACGGCCCUCAACCUCUUCUUCGCGGGCACCGUGACCGUGACCACCACCCUCCGCUAUGGCCUCCUGGUUCUCCUGAAGUACCCGGACGUGGCAGCCAAGAUCAGGGAGGAGAUCGAAGAGGUGGUGGGGCGGGGGCGCCUGCCGGCCAUGGCGGACCGGAGCCGCAUGCCCUACACCAACGCCGUGCUGCACGAGAUCCAGCGCUUCUGCGACAUCAUCCCCCGCAGCCUCCCGCACGCCGUGACCCGGGACACGUGCUUCCGCGGCUACGACAUCCCCCAGGGCACAGACGUCUUCCCCGUGCUGAGCUCCGUGCUGCGGGACCCCAAGUACUUCAGCGAGCCUGACCGCUUCGACCCCGGGCACUUCCUGGAUGAGCAAGGCCAGUUCAAGAAGAACUGCGCCUUCCUGCCCUUCUCCGCAGGGAAGCGCAGCUGCCUGGGCGAGGGCCUGGCCAGCACGGAGCUCUUCCUCUUCCUGACGGCGCUGCUGCAGAGCUUCACCCUGAGCUCCCCCGUGCCCCCCGCCGACAUCGACCUGAGGCCACACGCCAGCGGCCUCGCCAACAUGCCCCCGCCUUUCCAGCUCUGCGCGGCCCCUCGGGAGGAGCCAGAGCCACUCCAAGCCUGCACGGGGACGGGGAGCGCGCGGCCGAGCCACGAGAUGUCCAAGUGAUACAGUCGCCGGGCCAGGCCGGCAUUGCUCCUUGGGGACCCGCCUGGGGUCCAGGAGGGAAGUGUCUGGAGCCUGGGGUCUCCUCCACGUGCGUCCAUCGCCCGCCGCGAAGGGGUGGGGGCACGCGAGAUGCCAGCUGCGCGGACCCGUCUCCGCUGUCUGCAGGCUCAGGCUGCUGAGGCCAGGCCUGGGAAAUGAUGCCCCCCCAGCACUGGUACCGGUCCCGGAGCUGCACCCUGGGGUUUCCGGUUCACGUCUCUGGGGCAGCACCAAAGCCCUCCCAGGGUCCACGGUGCCCUGCGCUUUGCCCAGCAGCGCUGUGGACACAGAGAGCCCGACACCAAGCCCCAGAGGCUCCCCCUGCCUCAGUUUCCUCACUCUCCGGGGUUGGCCCCGGGUCCUUUUCCCACUCUCCCCGAUGUGCCUCAGAGCCCCUUCUCCAACCCACAGCUCUGCCGGCCACCCCCACCCAAGCACGCCUCCCUCGUCCUCCUUUGCACCCAGAGAAGCCCUGCAAGUCUCCUCCUCCCCAGGGAAACUGAGUCACGCUCCAUUCUCCAUCGGAAAGGGGAUGGUCUUGUGCACCAGCUGAAUGCUGCAGGGCUGGGGCUCAGGACACCUGGGUUCUCCCCCCGUCCCUGCCACUGGUCUGCUGAGUUACUUCGGGUGAGACACUUCCCUGGUCCAUGCCUCAGUUUCCCCAGCUGGAAAAUGGGGAGGAAGCUGCCGAGGACUUGCAGGAAGUGCCCUGGGGCCCUGCCAGAGGGGCCAAGGGCUGUUGCUGUGGCCUCAUUCUGUGAAAGCAAUAAAAUAUUGGGUUUUUAAUGAGAA